AUGGCUUCUACUAACGUUAUCUCUCCAGCACCUUCUACCACCACGCCAACUCGGCAUCAUUUCGAAAGAAAGGUGGAGGAGGUGAAACCAUCCAAAACUGACAUCAAUUAUCUAGUCAUGAAUUACCUUGUCACAAAUGGAUAUCCUUUGGCAGCAAGGAAGUUUGCUCUUGAGGCUAACAUUCCACCUCAAGUAGACGUAGGUUCUAUACAAGAACGAGUGGAAAUUCGCAAUGCAAUAUAUUCUGGCAAUAUAAAAAUCGCAAUUGAAAAAAUGAACGAACUCAACCCACUGAUUUUGGAUUGUAACCCAUCUCUUCAUUUUUCUCUUCUUCAAUUGCAAUUGAUCGAGCUGAUACGCGAGUGCACGUCAACUCCGAAUGGUGAUAUUUCACCCGCACUGGACUUUGCAACAGCUCAACUGGCUCCACGUGCUCCAACGAAUCCGCAAUUUCUGGAAGAUCUUGAGAAGACCUUGUCUCUCUUGAUUUUCCCUGCGGAGAACUUGUCUCCAGCACUAGCGCCACUCCUUGAUCCCGCACUACGGAAAUCAGUUGCAGCUCGUGUAAAUGAAGCCAUCCUUCAGAAUCAGGGUGCCAAUCAUCAAGCUAGGCUUCGUAAUCUGGUGAAGUUACGAAGAUGGGCGGAAAAGAAAGCACGUCUUUUGAAAAAAGAUAUUCCAAGUACACUUGACAUUGGGCUUGACCAUGACAGAAUCCCAAAAACUAAUCAAGAAGUUUCGAGAGACAAUAACACCGUUAAUAAUGGGGAUACUGGCGACGACGUUGUCAUGCAAGAAUCAACAGAUGUGGAUAUAAUAAUAUAA